GCAGACUUGGUGUUAAACACUCCAUCGCUUGACUCACCCAAUGAGAAUGCUAUAGAUACUGUUUGAGACAGCCUAGUAUAUCCAGCCAUCGGAAGUUCAAGUUGGCUUUGUAGUGUGUUUUAUUAGGUGUUGCAAGGCAGAGGAAAAUGCAAGAGCAGGACCAUCAUCACCAUUCAAUAUAAUAUUCACAUGAAUCAAAACAACCUAACAUCCCUUGUUAAAAAAUGUAAAACCCUAACCCAACUGAAGCAAGUUCACGCCCACAUCCUCCGAUGCCGCCGCAUCAACCACAUCGCCCCGCUCCUCUCCGCCGCCGCCGCCACCUCCAAUUUCUCCUACGCCCGCUCCAUCUUCCUCCACCUCACCCACCGUAACACCUUCAUCCACAACACCAUGAUCAGAGCCUACCUCCUUCACGCCCCUUCCCCCGCACCCGCCCUAUCCUGCUACUCCUCCAUGCUACGAACCGGCAUCACCGUUAACAACUACACCUUCCCACCUUUAAUCAAGGCAUCACUUGCCCUCCUCUCUUCUUCUUCUUCUUCCAACUUCACUGGCCGUUUGGUGCACGGCCAUGUCGUUAAAUUCGGGUUCCAUGAUGACCCUUACGUCGUCAGCGGCUUCAUUGAGUUUUACUGCGCUUCACGGCAGCUGCAAACGGCGAGGCUGCUGUUCGAUCAAACGACCGAGAAAGACGUCGUGUUGUGGACGGCAAUGAUUGACGGUUAUGGCAAAGUUGGGGAUGUUGAAAGUGCCCGAGAACUGUUCGAGGAAAUGCCUGAGAGAAAUGCAGUGUCGUGGAGUGCCAUGAUGGCUGCGUAUUCCCGGGUUAGUGACUUCAAGCAAGUGCUGGCUUUGUUUGAGGAGAUGCAGAACCGAGGAAUGAAGCCAAAUGACUCUGUUCUUGUUACUGUCCUCACUGCGUGUGCGCAUCUCGGUGCCCUCACUCAGGGACUGUGGGUGCAUUCCUAUGCCAAGCGGUGCAAGGUUGAUUCGAAUCCGAUCCUGGCAACGGCUCUAGUGGACAUGUAUUCCAAAUGCGGGUGUGUGGAGUCAGCGUUAACGGUUUUUGAGGGAAUUGCUGAUAAGGAUGCUGGAGCAUGGAAUGCUAUGAUUUCUGGUGUUGCCUUGAGUGGUGAUGUGAGGAAGUCGCUGGAGUUGUUUCAUCAAAUGGCUGCUCAUGGGACCCAACCCACUGAGACUACCUUUGUGGCUGUCCUCACUGCUUGCACGCAUGGUGGGAUGGUUCAUCAAGGUCUUAGGUUGUUUGAAGAAAUGAGUUGUACUUAUGGAGUUGAGCCGCGGGGGGAGCAUUAUGCGUGUGUUGUUGACCUUUUGUCUAGAGCUGGCAUGGUGAAGGAGGCUGAGAAGUUUAUGGAGAAGAUGGGUGGACUUGUGGAGGCGGACCUUAAUGUUUGGGGUGCUAUUCUGAAUGCUUGUAGAAUUUAUAAGAAUGUUGAUGUUGGGAAUAGAGUGUGGAAAAAAAUGAUUGAUAAGGGCGUAGCUGACUGUGGCACUCAUAUUCUUACAUACAAUAUGUAUAGAGAAGCUGGGUGGGAUGCAGAGGCAAAAAGAGUUAGGAGUAUGGUUUCAGAAGCGGGGAUGAAGAAGAAACCUGGGUGCAGCAUAAUAGAGGUCGGUGAUGAAGUUGAAGAGUUUCUUGCAGGUGAUCAUUCUCAUCCACAAGCACAGGAAUUAUGCAAAUUACUUGAUUCAAUUCUUAUGAUGGCAAAUUUGGAGCACUUCUGAAGCUAUUGGGUGAUGGAAAAGCAGCAAUGAGCCAUUCAUGAUAUUAGGUAUUUCAGACUCAGGUGUCAAGCACACUGAUUUGUCUGAAAAUCUUCACACUGAUUUGUCUGAAAAUCUUCACUUGAUAACAAAGUAUUGAUAAGGCAUUUCAAGCCUUUCAGCUACAGGCCUGAUCCUAAGGUCAGUUGUAUGUCUUGUGAAUUGUGAUUGAAUACUGUUUUGUGUUGUUUAAAUUUGCAUGACUGAACCACCUGCUUGACACAUAACCAUCUGCAUUUCAUCCCAAGAGUUCAGUAUCAAUCUUAACAAAUGAUGAUAUAGGAUGACCCUGUCAAUAAUGUUGAAUCGAUGUGUUGCGUGGAUUAAGGAUUGGAUCAUAGGGCCCCUGAAUGUUGUUGCGGGGAUUAGGGAUUGGAUGCUGAAUGUAUUUGUGUAGAUUAGGGAUUGGAUCAUGGGUCCGGUGAAUGUAGUUGUUGGGGUGGACUAGGAAUUGUAUCAGGGGGCCUGCACGUCCUACUCAGGACCAGUGCACUUACACAAAACAUUUCAUCAAUGUGUCAAUCAGAACAUGUGCUUAUGGGCACGCAUCCUUGCCAAACAGUCCCUCAUUGAGCUGGUUGUGGUUCUUGUCCUGAAUAGCUACAUUCAGCAUCCAAUUCUUAAUCCCUGGCUCCCCACAACAACUACAUUCCGCGGCCCCAUGAUCCAAUCCCCAAUCCACGCAACAAAUUGAUUCAGCAUCAUAAGCAGGGUCAUCCUAUAUCUUCAAUUUAGUAGUGUUACAAAACUCCUCGGAAUUGCAGAUGAUUGUGAAAAUAUCCUCCACGAAAGGACAAAAAGUUGGCAUAAUACAUCAAGACAAUUCUUGGCAAGUUAUCCCACCGCAAGAAACAGUAUUCAAUGAACGGGGGAGAGAGCAUCAUCCAAGCAGAACCUGAGCAAGAUAAAGGAUCAAAGUUAAAUUACUUAAGCAGUGCGGAGCUGGGAUUAUGAAUUUCAAGAAACUUUAUACAGAUUUAGUCCUUUAGUUUUAGUAGUCAUUUAUUUCAGACUCCAAUGUUUGGUAUCAUUGACUUUGGAGAGAGGUGUCGAAGAGAGAACUUGGCAAGAAAAAAUGAUCUACCUUCAUUUGGUUCCACUUACUGUAGGGAAGAGAGAAUUGGCACAUGCUAGAAAAAGGCACUUUUUGGGAUCUGCUUAAAAAUCGAAGAGAUGAGAUAGAGGCUUGACUACUUUGUUUUUUUUCCUUAUUUAUCCUUGUAAAGUGGUUCUUAAACUGUGAGCAUCUAGGAUACAAGUGACUUUUGAUAAAAAAAUUAUUUUCUUUAGAACUAAAGAAAUAUACAUUGUUAGUGUAAA